AUGGGACGAUCACGUUCUCGCGAGCAUUAUGAUAGACGAACUUCACGCUACCGUUCACGUUCCAGAUCUCGGAAUCGAUCACGCGAUCGAGAUGAACGAAGAUAUCGGUCGGACAGGCAUCGAAAAAGCCACAAAAGACGAAGAUAGUAAGUUAUUUAUGUUUUUUCUUUGAUUUUUAGGUUGUAUUAUUAAAGAGCAGUUAAUAAUUGAAAGGGGGAAGUGAUAAUGAUAAUAAAUUAGGCAGAAGAAGCGUUUUUUUUGACAGCACGGACCUUUUUGCCAUGGUUAACAUGGUUCUUCUCAUAAAAUCUUUAUUUUUCUAGCUCAUCGUCCAGAAGUCCUUCAGCACGUCGAACAAGGAGUCCCUCACCUCCAGCACGACCAAUCACGCCAGCUGAAGCGUUGGCUGAUAUAAAUGCCGUCCAUACAGUGACCGAUGAUCAGAUGCCUGACGACGUGAAAAAAGAUCUGUGCCAGCCAGAUUGGGCACCGAAUAAAAUGACUGGAGCUGCAUUAAAAUGGGUCACAGAGACAGUGAAUGAGCAGGCAAGUUUUUUGUUGUUUUAGGUUUAAAAACUUUAAAUUGAUUAUAAUGUGUUAUAUGGUUGUAUGUUAAAAUUUAAAGUUGUAUAACUCAUUGAAAUGUCAAUAUUUUUAAAAUGUUUUUUUGAUUAUUAGUAAUUUGAAAUGUUGUUCUUAGAUUAUGUAAAGAUAAAAGGAAUCAAGUUUGCUAGUUUUUUAUUAGUAGAGCAAACUAUAUUAUAGUAGACUCAAGGUCUGUUUUUCAGUAAAAGCCAUUGUUUAUCGUAAACAACGAGCUUGUGUUUGAUAUAUAGAGGAUAAAAAUGUUGUCUGAUGCAUAUUCUUUGUAUACUUUAGAACUUUAUCUUCUUUAUGAUCAUUCAAUUCGUGUAGCCACGUGUUUCUAUAAAUUUCAGGUGCAAAUUUAGAUCCGACCCGAAUCAUUAGAUGUAUAGCAACAAAUGGAAGCUGUGGUAGAAUGUGCGUACCCGCAAUUUCCCCAUGAUACCUAUAAAUUGUUAUAGAAUUGAGAGAAAACAUUGAAAUUAGCUUCUAAACAUUGUCUUAUCUAAAGUAAUAUUAAUUCUUUUAGAUGCGAGCACGAAACGAAGAGAUUGACACUAUUGUGAGAGACCGGAUUCAAAAGUCUAAAGUAGAGCUAGAAGCCAGGUUACGAGCCCAAAUUGAGACCGAAUGGAAGGACGAAAUGGAAGCGGCCAGAAAGAGAGAGGUAGGUUAAUAUAAUUUGAGGUUGUGAUCUGUCGAGGUGAUUGAAAUGAGGAAAGUUUGUUAGAAAAGAGUUACAAGGCUAUGAAGAAGGUUUGCCGCUCAAUUUAUUUUUGAAAAGUUACUAUAACAUAAGGUUUCAAAGGGUUUUUCUAUCAUUUUUACUGUUUUUCUUGAAUUUUUUGAUGAAAUUUCGGAUAUUUGGGAUAAUAUUAAACUAUUUCUUUUCAGGCUGAAACGUUGGCUCGACUAAAAGACAUGGAGAAGAAUCUAGAAGACCGGCGGAAAGAGUUGGACGAGGAGAAGGGCAAAAUGGUAGGCUACUAUAAUAUGUACAUCAAUAUUAGUUUGAUGGUGAAAUAUUAAUGAAAAACUUGAUUUUUUGGUUUUUAAACUUGUUUUAUGGAGUGGAAAGUUAACUUUGGCUAUUUGUUACUUAAUUUUUUAAUUUUUUUUUGAAAAUUUAGAAAAAUUUGCGAUUUUAUUAUCUAAAACAAUAUGAUUUCAGAACGAAGAACGACUUCAAAUGCUAGAAUCCAAGUCCAAAGCCGAAAUGGAGCGAAAUCAGCUGCGCGAAGAGUUGGAGAAGCUGAAGAAGUCGGAACAACAUUCCAUCCUGAACAAGGGCGGUUUCCAACGCGCCCCAAUCCGCUUUGGCUUCAAAAGCAACUAA